AUGGCGAAGGAAGGUAGGGCCGGCGGCCUCGACCUGGAAAUAGUUUGGAUCGCCGACGUGCCAGGAGGAGGAGGCGGCCUCGCAGCGGAAGUAGGCAAGGGCCCGGCGUGCCGGCCUCGCACAGGAAGAGGCAGGAUCGCCGGCGGGCCAGGAGGAGGUGGGGUGGGGAGGGGCGGCAGCGGCGGCCUCGCGCCGCCGGAAGCAGGCAGGGGCGCCAACUGCCGCGCGCCUAAAGGAGGCUUGGGGGCGGCGGUGCGCCGGGCGGAGGCAGGUCGGCGGCGCUGGUGCCAGGAGGAGGCGGGGGAGGCGGCGCCAGGAGGUCGAGCGACGGCGGGAUCUGGCAGAGUGGCGCACGGGGUUACAUGCGCCGGCGGCGGCGGUUCUGAGGGCUGGUGCCGACGGGUCGGUGUGCGGAAGGAAUAG